AUGCCCAGCAAAAACUGUGCGAAAAAUCUCCAUUCUUGUCAGUGGGAGAGAGAUAUUCUUCUGGCCUUCUUUGGCCUUCUGGUUCUCUUCAAUAUCGGACAAAUCGUCUACAUGUAUCGUGCGAAAAUUUAUCGGGUUCUUCGUCGUGGAGCCAACCAGAUCCCGCAAGAUGAUGAGGAUCCGAUCAUUGGAAUCAGGGACUGA